GCCUGCUGCCCCUCCCCAGGCAGGCCACCUGCGCUUGGGCUGCACGAGGCCCACCAACCCGAGGCAAGAGGGGCCCCUCCCAAGAGGAAAGGCUGAGCUGCCCCUUCGAAGGCCGCAAGCAGCCCCCCGCCCCGCCGCAAGCAGGAAAAGGUCCUCGGAGGGUGGGCAGCAAGUGGCGAGUCUGCAAGCAGCUUCCCUCGGCGCCGCCUCCCCCGCCCGGUAGGCUCUAAGCUCCUGCUGCUGCCCUUCCCAUGAGGGCAGGGCCGGCGCUUCCUCCAGGCUAGUCUCUCCCCGACGGCUGGCAGGGCGAGCCAGGACGGGAGGCCCCAAGCUGGGUGGUUACACGACGCCCGCCCGUCAGGAGAGGAGAAGAGGCUGGCGGCGGGAAAGGACUCUCGGUGCCCUGCCCGGGUCUGGCCCUCGGAGCCCAGCCUGCAGCGCGAGAGGGCGGCCUCAGGGGAGCCCAGCGCUGUGGGGUCGCUCCCCUUGGAAAGGCCUCUCGCGCCCUCCGCACCUACCUGCCCUCCCUCCGAGAACGACGGCGGAGUGGCUGCUGGCCACGGGGCUCCCCCCCCUUGUCCCCCGAAGGGCCGGAGUGGUCUCCAGCCCCCGGCUUGCUGAGCUCCCCCCCAGAGGCGGCAGCAAGCUGGGCAAAGGGCAGCACAGCUGCAAAGGCGCGCAGAGGCGCUCUCUGGACGGCCCCUCCUUUCCUCUUGCAGACCCCUGAGGCCACGGAGGAGCUGCCUUGGUGAAUUCCGCGGGCAAUGCAGCAGCAAGGGGCAAGUGGGGUGAACCAGUUGGGGGGCCUCUUUGUGAAUGGCUGCCCCCUUCCCAACUUCAAGAGGGAGAAGAUUGUCGAGCUGGCCUUGGGUGGUCUGCGGGCAUCAGACAUCUCACACCUUUUGAAGGCCCUCUGUCUUUCUAUGUGGCAGGUGUCCAAUGGGUGUGUCAGCAAGAUUCUCUCCCGCUACUAUCGGACUGGGACGGUCCAGCCCAAGACCACGGGAGGGAGCCGGCCACGUUUGUCCACACCGCAGGUGGUGGCCCGGAUUGCCCAGCUGAAGCAGGAGCAGCCUUCCCUCUUUGCCUGGGAGAUCAGAGGGCGGCUGCAGGCAGAGGGGGUCUGUGCUGCCCACAGGAUGCCCAGUGUGUCUUCCAUCAACCGCAUCCUGAGGAGCCUGCAGACGGGCAGCAUGCAACUCCCGGACUCCCUGACUGAACCUCUGCAGUCCGGUCUUGCUUGGCCAGAGGGCUCAGCAGGAGCCCCAGAGUGGCCCCCUCCUCAGAGGGCGCAGCAGGAGGUGCCCAGAGCAUGCAGCCGGCAUCGCAGCAGGAGCAGGACCAUCUUUUCCCAGCCGCAGCUGGAGGCCUUGGAGCAAGAAUUCGGCAGGGGGCAGUACCCAGAGGCAGCCGCCCGGGAGAAGCUGGCCUCUGCAACCCGACUCCCAGAGGCCACCAUCAAGGUCUGGUUUUCGAAUCGGAGAGCGCGGUGCCGGCGGGAGGCCAAGAAGGCUCUGGACCCCCACUGCUGCCCCAGUUCUGGGCUGACCCACACAUCCCCAGGUGUCCAGGCUUGCCUCAGACUUUUAAGGGGUGGGGAAUGCACACACCCUCCUCCCUGCCACAGGAAGCCCGAAGGCUGUCUCUGCCGCAUCCCUACCCAGCCAUGGCUCUCCGGUUCUUGAGUUCCGCCCACAAAAGGCUCCCCUUCUGUGGGGUGCUGGAGUGGACGCCCAUGGGGUGUGCUGCAGUCUUCCUUCUCCUGUCUCCUAACACACA